GAAGAAGAAGAAGCUGUUCUGUUCUGUGCUGUUCUUUUUAUAAAGUCUCCGUCUUCCUCCUUCACUUCUUCGGAAAAUUCAAAGAAGAGAUUAAUUUCCUGGAAAUUUUUUGAUACAAUUGGAAAAGGAUUUGAGCUGAUAUUGACGUGGAUUUGGGUUCAGAUUCCUCGGCCGAUUCCGGAGGUGCAUUCUGAUAAAUCCGGGUGAGAUAUACAAGUUUAUCGGAAGUUCUGAGAUCAGAUUCCCGAUUGGAAGAUCGGAAUUGCCUAGCAACUUCGGUUAUUGAAGCUCGGAAAUGUCGCCAUUCUACUGAAGAAUCUCCACUAGCAAAGUUUGAAAAGUGAAGCAAUCGUAAUUCUGUUGUGGCUCCAGGUUGUUUGGCUGUGAAUCCCAGGAGAAAUCCCCUUGCAAGCUGAUGGUUCUGUAAUAAUACAGAUUGAGGAAUACGGCGUUUCGAGAUUUUGACAGGAUUUCCUGUUCUCAUAGUUACGUCUGAAUUGCUGAUUGAACUCUGGAAAGAACAUAAUUUUUAGCUUUUUGCAAAGCUGAAGGUUUCAGGGUGUAUAUAGGCGGCAGAUGGAGAAGAAUUACAGAGAUGGAUUGCUGUUGAGGUCAUCGAAUCAUCACCGGAGUGAAACCAGGUCAACGUCUAAUACGACGUCGUCUGAUUUCGUUUUGCAGUGGGGGAACCGGAAGAGGUUGCGGUGCAUGAAGGUCCACAACAAGAAUUCCGGCAGCGCGCGUGCCGAACACGAUGAUCUCAGUGAACCGUCCGGUUCGGCGCCGGCUCAGAGGACUUCCGGUCGGGCGGAUCGCCGCGUUGGUAGAUCCGACCCGAAUAGGGACUCCUCGUACCAUCAACAGCAGCACGGUAACAAUACCGGCGUCAGUAACGGCUAUUUGAACCUCCGUCAACGCGCGGCUUCUCCGUCUCAUCGUAUUCUCAGGAAUUCUGAGAGUUCGGUUGCUAUGAGAGAACGGAGCAACGGGCUGAGGAAUUUGGCUACUCCUGAUAAAGGAGGUGCGCACGAUAAGAGAGGCGGUGGUGGUGGUGCGCAUAAUAACAAUCAUACCAGGGCGAGUCACAAUAAUAAUGAUCACCACCACCACCACGGCGGCGCUGGUGGGUCGGUUUCAUCGGAAACGGCCCAUGAGAGCAAGAAAGGAGGGUCCUCCUCCGGCAGUGAUGCAAUUCCGGCGGUUUGGCCGCCUAAGUUCGUUAUCGCGCUUACCAAUAAGGAGAAAGAGGAGGAUUUCAUGGCCAUCAAAGGAUCCAAGCUUCCUCAGCGACCCAAAAAACGAGCCAAAUUCAUCCAGCGUACUCUCAAUUUAAUUAGUCCUGGAGCAUGGCUAUGCGAUCUUUCCCUCGAGCGGUAUGAAGUAAGAGAGAAAAAGGUCUCCAAGAAGAGACCUAGAGGGUUGAAGGCAAUGGGAAACAUGGAUUCCGAUUCAGAGUAGAGUGAGCGUUAUCCGAAAGAAAAAGUUGGUGGAUUAAGUAAUGUAUUUGAUGGAUUUUGAGGUGGAGAAGAAGAAUGAAUAUGAUAAAUACUUGGCCUUCUUUUUUCCUUGUCUCUUUUAGAUGGGCAAUUAAAUCAAAGCAGAUAUGUAGAUAA